AGUCCCCAUUGCGCUGGCCUCCACUUGCCUACUUGGGGCGCGAGGAGGUUGGAGAGUUUUUUUCUGGGACCCAAGCAAAGGUGAGAAGCCCGGGUGCCUCUGCGGGUCCCCGAGGGCUGUCUGGGAGGCGGAGAGUGUUUCGGCUGCGUAAACAAGCCAGGCGAGAGCUGCCACCUGUCUGCCAUCCGCCGUACGCGGAGAAAAGGAGCCAGGGGCGCACGAAUGCCUGCCUGGCCAGGAACCCUGCUGGUGACCAAGGAUCCCGUGAGCCGCUUCUGCCCUACAGAGAGGGAUUUGUCUAUUCAAGGGCAAGCUCAGGCAUCCACGCUGCUGCUAAGCUGAAAUUGAAGCUCACACAUCCUGGAAAAUGCUAGCACCCAUACCAGAACCCAAGCCUGGAGACCUGAUUGAGAUUUUCCGCCCUAUGUACAGACACUGGGCCAUCUAUGUUGGUGAUGGAUACGUGAUCCACCUGGCUCCUCCAAGUGAAAUCGCAGGAGCUGGGGCAGCCAGCAUCAUGUCUGCUUUGACUGACAAGGCCAUAGUGAAGAAAGAACUGCUGUGCCAUGUGGCCGGGAAGGACAAGUACCAGGUCAAUAACAAACAUGACGAGGAGUACACCCCACUGCCUCUGAGCAAGAUCAUCCAGCGGGCUGAGAGACUGGUGGGGCAGGAGGUGCUCUACAGGCUGACCAGCGAGAACUGUGAGCACUUUGUGAAUGAACUACGCUAUGGAGUUCCUCGGAGUGAUCAGGUCAGAGAUGCGGUCAAGGCGGUAGGCAUCGCUGGAGUGGGCUUGGCGGCCUUGGGCCUCGUUGGAGUCAUGCUCUCCAGAAACAAGAAACAGAAGCAAUGAGCUGAAUGACUGCCCAGUUUUUGGGCUCUUCUUUUGCUAGAGGGUUUGGAGUUUGAUUUAUAGAUUCUAUUGCUUUAUAAUUAGGUUUAUUUUCACAACAUACAAUAAACCACAAGAAAGGAAUUUUUGUGAGGAUACUGCAGUAGCUACCUGGUGUGAAGUCUCUGGAGGGAAGCUCGGGGCUCUGUUCUGGAUAACAGUCUUUCCUGGCUGGCCUUUCUGUUUGCUGUGGUACCCUUUGUAUUGCAGAAAACAGAGUCCAACACUGUUAUCUCAAGUGAAGCGCAUUACUGCGUGCCAGAUACUAUGGUAUGCCAAAGGAGACAGCCUGGGUACACAGAAAUGGAAACAUCAGAUAGCCAGGGAUCUUGGCCUAGAACUUGUUUCAACGUGGCGCUUUGAGACUCAGGCGCUGGAGUUUAUGGAUAUUCAGUGGUGUGAGAAGGACAAAUCCUGGAGUGUUGGGGCUUUAGCUCAGUGAUAGAGUGCUUUCCUGGCGAGCAUGCAGUUUUAGGUUCAAUCCCUCGUGUCAUCCUAAAACCUUCCGAUUUCCUUCUGCAGUACAGCUCUGUUCUAGUCAGGUUUCUAUUGCUAAGAUAAAGACUUGAAACCCCUUGGGGGAGGAAAUGGUUUAUUGGCUUACAUAUCCCUGGCCACAGUCCAUUGAGAGACGCUCAAAGGAACUCAAGGCAGGAACCGAAGCAGAAACCAUGAUGGGUGCUGCUUAUUGGCUUGCUCGCCGUGACAUACAUCUUGUCUGUUGGAGCCCUGGUCAGGAUUGAAACGUUGCUCUGUAAAAGCUUUCUCCCGACUUAUGCGCAUCUUGCACAGAAUACACAUGUGCUCGCUGAGUUCCAGCACUGAGAGAAUAGUUUUCUUUGGCUCAGGUUCCUUAGGGCUUCACGUCAGUGCUCAAGGUCCCCAAACCCAAAGGACCUAGACCUAAGUUCAAAGGGCAGGUGUCCCGAUGCUCACCCUCCCACACAAUAUUCAUAAUAUUUAGAUAAUAUUAAUUUAUACCUAAACUAAUAGUGAGUGGGGCAAGAGAAAGAAGGAGAAAAAACAAAUACAAGAGAACUAAAUGAAACUUAACUGUCAAAUGAGGAAAAGCAAUCUGGGGCCGUGGAGAGGGCUCAGAAAGUGGAGCUGUUUGCUGCCAAUUCUGUGGACCCGAGUUUAGUCCAUGGGAUGCACACAGUGGAAGGAACAAGCCAACUCCCAAAAGUUGUCUCCUGACCUCCACUUAUGUACCAUAAUAUUGGUGCACAUAUAUCUGCAUGCAAUACAUAAGUAAGCACUAUAAAAAGUUUUUAAAAACUGGAAGAAAAUACAGACUUUAAGGCAAAAAUAAUUUACUACACAGAGAUUGUGUGUAGUAUAUAAUUGAACAAAAUGAUUACUACACAGAGAUAAUAAAACAAUCUUGAUUAAAGUUUCAACUCAAUUAAAGUAUAUACUAAUUCUAAAUUCAUUUGCAUUUAAUAGUCUCAAAGUAGAUCGUGAAUUCUUGGCCAGUAAAUUGACAAUUUACCAUUGUAGUCGGAGAUCAAAAUGUUAUGGGGUCUGCUUAAAUCCAACUCGACUCAAACACCAGAUCAAUGCAAAGGACAAAACUGUGUCGUGACCAAGCUGCUACUGAUUGACCAGGGCUGCAGGACAGACUUGGGAGCUGAACUGUGACCUGGAGCCAGAGUGCUACAGAGCUUUAAAGCUUGAAAAUCACCAACAUCUGGGCCAAGUUACAGUUACAUUUUCCACCAAUCAGGAUUUAGGGACAGUGGAUUUCCUUAGGAACUUGUCUUUGUGCUACACUUAUCCUGUUCCCAUUGGUUGGGCUAUUCAACUAUGGCAGGACCACUAACCUAACAUUCAUGUCUGAACUUGUCAACCAGGAUGUCAGUUACCUAUGUGUAUCUCUCUCUGCCAAACAGGAUGACAGGCACCCAGUACCCAGUACCCAGGGAGGUCUUGGGAACUUAAAUUUUAUUUGACUCCUAUUUAAAAUGAAAGUUUUACUUAAAAUGGCUUCAUUUUGGUUCCUUCUUAGAAAAAUAAAUAUUUUUUGAGGCUGGAAAGAUGGCUUAGUGGUUAUGAGCACUGGCUGCUUUUCCAGGGAGCCUGAGUUUUGUUUCCCAACACACGUGGUUCUUCACAACCAUCUGUAACUUCAGCUCCAGAGGAUCCAGCAACUUUUUCUACCCUCCACCAGCACUGCACACACAGACAUACGUGCAGGCAAAGCACCCACACACAUAUAAAAACUAAAAAAAAGUAUAACUUCUAGGACCUGGUAAAGCAACAUAAAGAUGUAGAAAAGUUUAAAAAGUUGUCAAGAAACAGUUUCAAUAGACAUGCAGUAUAAGUGUGAGACACAAAGUCUAACGACAUACAUAACACAUUUAUAAAAAAUUGAUGAUAUACUAGUACAGUGGUUUGAACAAGAACGGCCUCCAUAGGCUCAGACAGGAUUUCUCUGUGUACCGUUGGCUGUCCUGGAACUUGCUCUGUAGGCCAGGCUGGCUCUGAGCUCACAGAGAUCUGCCUGUUUCUGCCUCCUGAGUGCUAGGAUUAAGGCCUGCGCUACUUCUACCUGGCUCUUACAUUUUAAUGCUUGGUUAUCAAAGAGUAGCACUACUUUAGAGGGAUUUGGAGGUGUGGCCUCGUUGGAGGAAGCGUGUCACUGGGAGUGGGCUUUAAAGGUUCAAAAGCUCAACCAAGCCCAGUGUUGCUCUCUUCCUGCUGCCUAUGGAUCAAGAUGUAGAGCUCUCAGCUAUCUCUUCAGCACCAUGUCUGCCUGUAUGCUGCCAUGCUUUGGGCAUGAUAACAAUGGACUAGACCUUCAAACUGUAAGCCAGCCCCAAUUAAAUGUUUUCCUGUAU